AUGCUUUCCGCACAAGACAACGUUCUCGAGAACUACACUGGUUUCUGGACGCUGGACUCCUCCCGCACGGAUGACUACUCCGACGUCCUCUCUGCCCAGGGUGUCUCCUGGUUGGUCCGCAAGGUCAUCCUGAAUAUGACCAUCACCUACGACAUUUCCGUUACCGAGGUCAACGGCGUCAAGGUCCUCACCACCGUCAACCCCAAGGGCGAGAAGCAGGUCCUGGCCCUCGAUGGUGCUUCUCACCCCGAGGAGAGCUCCACUUUCGGCUCCCUGACGCAAACUGCGUCCCAGGAUGCUGACGGUCACUUUCACUUGGUCACGGUGAGCGAGAAGUACAAGUGGAAGAACACCGGAACCUGGACUCUUGAGAACAACAACACGGUCAUGGUCCGCACUCUCACCUUCGAGUCUCCCAAGCUCACCAAGACCUUCAAGAUGACCUUCACCAAGAAGCAGUAA